UCUAUCGCGUGGUGCUGAUCAUCCAUAUUGCUGCUAGUGGUGAAGUUUAGCUUGUAAUUUAAAAGAGGCUCUCGGGCGCUUUUUAAAUGUUUUAAUUCAACACAAACCACUCUGCGUCUUAGACUGAAUGCUAUUUAGUCUAGGGGUGGAGUGGAGAAACUAGUUCAUUCGAGGAAUACUUUACAUUUUCUUUUUUGAGUAGUAGGCGAAUUGGUGGUAUCGUGAGGAAAAGGAGAAAUGGCUACUCAGGUAGAGGCUCUCCUACCCAAAAAUCCUCUUAUUAAACCAGAGGAGAAUGGGCAUGCGAGCAAGAUGAUACAGCAUGGAGAGGACUGUCCUGAAAAGGGUGUGAAGCAGACAUGUGUUGCCGACGAGGGUAGCAAUAUGAAAACAAACAACUCGGAACAGUGUGGGAUUGCAACGAAGGAGCUACGCUCUAAACAGGCAAAAGAAGAGAGUAACAAUCAAGAGAAAGAAAUCCUGGAUCAAGAGAAGCACACGAUUGAUCAAACGGAAGACUGUGUGAAAUGCAGUAAAAAUGAGUUUGCUGAAGCACCCCCGCCCAAGGUGAACCCAUGGACUAAGAAAAAGAAUGCGGUGACCGUGGUCAGCCAGAAUGGACAAUCACAUCAUGAGCCGCCACCCACAACAGGCCCAGCCAAGGUGGUGAAGGCCCCAAACCCCCGGCCUCGGAGAGGAGAAAGGGUUGGAGAUUUUGGUGAUGCUAUGAAGUGGCCAACCCCAGGGGAGAUUGCAACUAAAGAAACACAGGCCCCCAAGAAGCCUGUGGUGAAGAAAGAGUUGAAGGAGAAGCGCGACACCAACGACGAGAGCAAGGAGAACCAGAAUGCGAAGUCGGACGACUCUGGAGAGGAGAAGAACGGCGACGAGGACUCUCAGAAGAACAGUGACGAGGACUCUCAGAAGAACGGACAGAAGAAGAAAGGAAACAAGCAUAAGUGGGUGCCGCUGAUGAUCGAGGUGAAGUCUGAGGGGCCCAGAGAGCGCUCAGCCUCAAGGAACAACACCCGUCAGAACGAGGUGCCCAGGGUGCCCCCCAACAGGAAGAACGACCUCAGAGACUGGUACAGAGGGAAGUCCGAGCGUGAAUGGAGUAACGACCAUGAGGUGUCCAGUGUGAGGAGCGAGGGUGCUCCCUUCCGUGCCGGGUUCCGGGGUCGUGGCAGGGGCCGGGGACGAGGCAGAGGCUCCAGAGGUCACUCUGACUACCAUUAUGGCUACAAGGCCUACAACGGGAAGGACGGUGCCUACGGACAGAAGUUUGGUGCUCCAGUGACCUAUUACUACGACAACAUGAGCAGCAAUGACCUGUACACAGUGGACCAGGGGCUGCUCAAGGACUAUGUCAAAAGGCAGAUUGAGUACUACUUCAGCCUUGACAACCUGGAGCGGGAUUUCUUCCUGCGCAGGAAGAUGGACCUGGAAGGCUUCCUGUCACUUGGCCUGAUUGCCAGCUUCCACAGGGUGCAGGCCCUCACCACUGACGUCAACCUCAUUAUAGAGUCUUUGAAGGACAGCAAAGAGGUGGAAAUCAUUGACAUGAAGAUCCGUCGGAAGGUGGAGCCUGAGAAGUGGCCACUUCCUGGCCUGUCCAUGAGACCGGACCACAACCAGGUGGACCUGACCCAGCUUAUCCACUGCCCCGAGUUCGUGCCCCGGCAGAUGCCCACUAAGCAGACAGAGUCUGCUCCAGGGUCUCCCCGGUCCUCCACGCCCACCAGGGGCAUGACCAGGGCCUCCAUGCAGCCCAAGGUGGAGCAGGACGUGUCCAACCUGAAGAGCAUGCCCAAGGGACUGUCGGCCAGCCUGCCCGACCUGGACUCCGAAUCCUGGAUCGAGGUGAAGAAGAGACCCAAGCCCUCCCCGGCCAGAACCAAGACCCCUUCGUUGCAGCAGAACGAAGACGCUCUCUCCCCGGUGCCCAAGGCAGGCCUCAGCCUGGUCCCCUCCGCCGCCUCAGCCAAGGAGGAGCAGGACGAGCCCGAGGAGCUGGACUUCAUGUUUGACGAGGAGAUGGAGCAGAUGGAUGGCCGCAGGAACACAUUUACCGACUGGUCCGACGAGGACUCGGACUGCGAGAUCGCCGACAACGACGUCAACAAGAUCCUCAUUGUGACACAGACGCCGCCCUAUCUGCGCAAGCACCCAGGGGGUGACCGCACGGGCCACCACACGUCGCGCUCCAAGCUGACCAAUGAGCUGGUGAAGGUGAUCAACGACAGCCUGUACUACUACGAAGCGGGCCUGUGGGAUGACAACUACGAACCCGAGUACGCCACCAUCAAGCAAGAGGUGGAGAACUUCAAAAAGGUUCACCUGAUCAGCCGAGAGGAGUUUGACUGCCUGACCCCAGAACCCCCCGUCGACCCCAACCAGGAGGUGCCCCCUGGACCCCCCAAGCCCCAGCAGAUUCCCGUAGACGCCUUGGCGAACAAACUGUUCGGUGCCCCUGAGCCUUCCACAAUAGCACGCUCCCUCCCGACUACUGUACCUGACUCGCCCAACUACCGCAGUGCCCGGACACCCCGCACGCCUCGCACCCCGCACCGGAAGGACCCCGCCAUGACGCCCCGUUUCUACCCUGUUGUGAAGGAGAGCUGGCCCGUCGACGCCAAGACCCCCAGGAAAAGGAAGACCAGGCACAGCUCCAACCCCCCCAUGGAGUGCCACGUUGGCUGGGUGAUGGACUCGCGGGAGCACCGAUCUCGCACCGCCUCUAUCAGCUCCAAUGCCAGCCCCUCAGAGGGUACACCUGCGUUGGGGGGAAUUGGCUGCACCCCCCAGUCGCUCCCCAAUUUCCAGCACCCCUCCCACGAGUUGCUCAAGGAGAACGGCUUCACGCAACACGUUUAUCACAAGUACCGUCGACGCUGCCUAAACGAGCGCAAGCGGUUGGGCAUCGGCCAAUCUCAGGAGAUGAACACGCUGUUCCGUUUCUGGUCGUUCUUCCUGAGGGAUCACUUCAACAGGAAGAUGUACGAGGAGUUCAGACAGCUGGUGGUGGAGGACGGCAAGGAGGGAUACAGGUACGGUUUGGAGUGCCUGUUCAGGUACUACAGUUACGGACUGGAAAGGAAAUUCAGGCCAAACAUUUUCAAGGACUUCCAGGAGGAGACCAUAAAAGACUACGAAGCUGGCCAGCUGUAUGGACUUGAGAAGUUUUGGGCAUUUCUUAAAUACUCCAAAAACAAGAACAUGGGGAUCGACCCCAAGCUGCAGGAGUGCUUGAGCAAGUUUAAGCGUCUCGAGGAUUUCAGAAUCGAUCCCCCGAUGGAGGAGGGAGGCCGCAAGAGACACUCAUCCAGCGGAGACGGUCGCCACCGCCACCCCUCCCAGGGCCCCAGCCACCCCCACAGCCAAAGUGGCUUCAGCCCAGCCCCGUUCGCCCAGGGCCCCACCAGGGAGGAUGCCAAAAUCAGCAGCCAGAGCCAGCGACCUGCAGUCCAGGCCUCGGCAACCGCAUCAGACGCCCAGCCACCAAAGUAACCCCAGACAACCCUCAGCCACUUGGAUCAACUCAACGUUAUUAAAUAUUUUCUGCGCCGCAAGAAUGAGAGAAUGACUUGUGAUUUGAAUAAAUCAAGGCUCUUCCAUUUUGAUUUAUUUAGUUUGAAACACCCAGGGUUUUGACUUAUUAGAGAUGAAACUGAAUGACUAUUGAAGGAGUGGACGAAGUAUUUUAUUUUGCAAACCUUGGCAUAUAUUCUCCCCGUGGUUACAAUGUGGGGAAUGGACAUGGUUUCUGAGGACGUUUGAUGGCAACUGCGAACCUUGUGAUUCCUUUCUAUUGAUGGACCAACCCCCUUUUCCACUUGACACCAUCUAGUUGGUGGAUUAGAAAUUGAUGCUUUGAAAAAUAUAUAUUUAACCUGUUUUGCGCGAGAGAGAAAUAGAGGGAGAAAAAAUAGAUGAAAGAACACCAAACCAAAUGAUGAAAAAUGAACAAGAUCAUUGAAAGUUGCCUUAUUUUAAUGUUUUUUCUGCUUUACUUGUGCCCCGCCACCGUAAUGUCGAUUGUACAGCAUUGAUAAUUGCAAAUAUGCAACAUUGGUCCCCACCUACAGUAGUGGCCACUCAGUGACUCCCUGCCUGCCAAACAGUUUUCAACGCAACCUGCUAAACUGGCUUCCAAGUGUCAUAAAGCCUCCCCCUUUGCCCACCCCUCAGUGUGUUUGCAAUUUGUGGCUCUGGAAUCACCAAUCCUGAUUACUUGAAGAAGAGAAAAAGAGCUGAAAGGUUUAUCAGUAGAUCUGGUGUGCUGCGGUGGUUGCUUUGGGGAGAUGUGCGGUAGGUUAUGUUUGGGGGUAAUGGCCUGCUUCCCAGGGCUGAACAAGGCAGGGUUUCAGUCUGCAGCUUAGCAUGGCCUAUAACAUUGCAUCCCACCACCGCUUCCACACACACACCUCGUAUGUUUUUCCCCCCAGAGGCUCUACUCUGUCCAUCUGGAGGAGAACGACCAAUGGACAGACGGUCUCCCUUCUGACCCCUGAACCCAACCCACCUGUUCUAUUCCCAUGAACAGCUACAUACGGUCAGAUAGAAACUAUAAUAAUCUAGUGUGGAUAACAUCUUUAUCCGACAGAGGACUGAUGAUAUCAAACAGAUGAGUGAUUUAUUUUUUUCUUCACUAAUGUGAAUUGGACAGAAGAUAACUUACACCUCCUGGCUACUUGUUUUAUUGUUUAUAUAUUCGCCUUACAUGUGUACAUACUUUUUAUUUUUUAUUUUAAAUGGGCUGAAAUUAUAAUGCUUUUUUAUUUGCUGUGUUUCUACCUAUGCUGUGGGUAUGUCUCUGUAUUGCUAUGCUGUGGGUAUGUCUCUGUAUUGCUAUGCUGUGGGUAUGUCUCUGUAUUGCUAUGCUGUGGGUAUGUCUCUGUAUUGCUAUGCUGUGGGUAUGUCUCUGUAUUGCUAUGCUGUGGGUAUGUCUCUGUAUUGCUAUGCUGUGGGUAUGUCUCUGUAUUGCUAUGCUGUGGGUAUGUCUCUGUAUUGCUAUGCUGUGGGUAUGUCUCUGUAUUGCUAUGCUGUGGGUAUGUCUCUGUAUUGCUAUGCUGUGGGUAUGUCUCUGUAUUGCUAUGCUGUGGGUAUGUCUCUGUAUUGCUAUGCAUUUGUUGAAACCUCUGGACUUUCAGAAAUGGGAACAUAGUAUAGUACAAAUAAAGGGACAUUUUCA